AUGAUGCGCAUCAUCGCUAGAAGCGCUCCUCCAGCGAGGCUCGCCUUCUGCCCAAAAGCUCAUCACAACAUACGCUACCUACACCAUAAUAUCAUGGCAGCAAGCCAAGACAAAUUCGCCAUCCUGGACCGACAAAUUCUCCGACCAGACAGAGCAGAAACAUGUCAAUCCGGCACGGACGAUGAAGUCGCACGCCACAAAUCACCCUACGACCCUACGCAAACAACAAUCGAAAAAGAAGUCUCCGCUCUAAGAGAGGAGUACAAACUGGAAGGGGACCUGCAUGAUCCAUUGGCAGUUAGCCCUGCAAACCAAGACGUCAGUCAUAUCUUGCAGUUGGAGGAAGAGCGUGCUAUUCCCGGAUGGAACCCGCUGGGAAGUGUGAAGGGUUGGACGAGCAAACAUAAGACUGUUCUGCUGCGAAGGGAGCCGUAUACUUUUAGGGCGUAUGAGUUGGUGUUUCCCUAUUAUGGGAAAUACAGAAAGGUUUGUGAUUCCCGAGGAAUGACCCAAGACGAUGCUGGGAAUAGCUGA